CCAACAUGUCAGAAGUCGAAGAAGAAAAGAGAAAGGGCGGCCAAAGAGGAAAUAAGAAGAAUGGGGUCGAUAAAAAAAAGCCAGCUAUGUCCAAGAAAAAGGAGAAAGAAUUACAGCGACAAACCGAGAAACGUAAUGCAGUAAUGGCAUCCUUCAACAAGUUUUAUGAGGAGGAAUGGGGAGCAGAGCGUUGGCCUAAACUUUUAGAAGCCUUGAAGAAGCCUGUGCGUCACUGCAUGAUGAUGAAUAAAUAUGCCAAUGUAGAGGACGUUAAGCUUAAAUUGAAAGACUCGCUAUCCGAUUUGACCAUGUUGGAUUUCGUUAGUAUUCCUUGUUAUGCCUCUAAAUCGCACUCGAGAUUUCCUCAACCUUCAAAGGAUAGCAAUAAUAUUACAGAUUAUUAUAUUUUGGAUGCUGGAUCAGUAUUGGCUACAGAGGCCCUAGAUAUUCAGCCCGAUGAUCAGAUAUUAGAUAUUUGUGCCGCACCUGGCGGAAAGACUUUAUCAGUUUUGCAAAGAUUGGAUAAGAAAUAUGGACGUUUAACCUCGAAUGAAAUUGCCUCUGAUCGUAGAAGAAGAUUGAGACAAGUCAUUGAAUCAUAUAUCCCACCAGAUGUAGUAGAAGAAUCCAGUACUGUUGUCGGAAAGGAUGGUACUAGAUACUAUGGUGAACCCGAGCAAUACGACAAAGUUUUAUUAGAUGCACCUUGUUCAUCUGAACGUCAUUUAUUGCAUGAUGAAAAAGAAUUCGAACUUUGGUCUCCUAAGCGUUCUAUUGUGAAUGCUAACCGUCAACUGUCUAUUUUGAAAGCUGCAGUUCAUUCUGUUAGAGUGGGUGGUGUUGUACUUUAUGCUACUUGCUCUAUCAGUUCAUUAGAGAACGAUAAAGUAAUCGAAAAGAUGAUAAAGAAGGGUAAAAUCCCAAUUGAACCUGUCAAAAUGAAAUUGAUGAUUGGUGAAAGAACAAAGUAUGGUGUGUUUAUCGCUCCUGAUAAAACUGAUGGCUGGGGACCACUUUAUUUUUCUCUGGUUAGAAGAACUGGUGUAGAUAAAGAAUACGUACCUGAGGAUGACGAUGAUGAAGAGGAAGAGGAUGAUGCCUAAAAUUUUAGCAUGUUUUUCUAGUGACGUAUGUGACAUAUAUAUUUAAAAUAAAGCCCAAAUUAUAUUUUUGCCCUUUUA